AUGUCAAAUACGCCAUUACUUUCAAUAAAAUCACCAAGAUAUGAAAGAAUUACACCUAGGAUUACAGCAGAUCCAUAUGAAGUUGUGGAUAUUAUAAAUGAACAAGAGAUUAAAAACUACAAGUUAGGGGUGAUACUACUUAUAAUUGCCAUUGCAACUUGGAUCAUUGGUUUAGAAUUGGUCAAUGUGGUUUUGAAAGGUGAUGACUAUAACAAACCAUGGCUUUUUGCGGUAAUUACUGGAUCAUGUUUUGCAAUAAAUCUUAUUCCAGAUCUUGCUUUGCUCAAGAAAUAUAUCAGCAAAUCACCAUCAUCGGAAGAGAAUCAACAAGAAUAUGAAAAUGAAGGAAUGUCAUUGAUUGAUAGAAUAACUAGUGAAAAGGAGGAGGAAAUUUCUGAGUUGACUAAUAAAGAAGUAUUUAUUCUUGCAUUACAGAUAUCUGUCAUAUAUUAUUUAUAUAACAUGUUGACAAUGUCUUCAUUACAAUACACUUCAGCCCUGAAUCAAACAGUUAUGGGUUCAACCACGUCUAUGUUUACAUUGAUCAUUGGGGUUAUCAUCCAAACAGAGAAAUUCUCAAUCAAAAAGGCUAUAUGUGUGAUUGCUAGUUGUGCUGGAGUGUUUAUGGUGAGUUUAAGUAACAAUUCUGGAAAUGAAGGGAAAUUUCAACCAAAGAAUCCAUUAUUGGGGAAUUUAUUAGCAUUAUGUGCUGCAUUGAUGUAUGCGUUUUAUUUAUUAAUCAUGAAAUUUAAAUGUGGAACAGGAAAUAGAACCACUAAUGAAAGGAGAUUAUUUGGAUAUGUUGGUAUAAUUACGUUUAUUCUAGGUAUUCCUAUCUUGUACGUGAUUGAUGUAUUGGAUAUUGAAAAAUUUGAAUUUCCACCUCCAAGUAAUUCGAUCUUGGCCAGUGUCAUAAUAAAUGGGGUAUUUUCUGUAAUCUCAGAUUAUUCAUCUAUAUUGGCCAUGUUGUUGACUUCUCCAUUGGUUGUGUCGUUGACAUUAACUUCUGUAAUUCCAAUAACUAUAUUCAUUGACUAUAUAGUUUUGAUAUCCACUGGAAGUUCAGUAAAGACUAGCUUUGUUUAUGUGUUUGGUAUAAUUUGUAUCCUUGCUGCAGUUGUUUUAGUCAAUGUUAACAUCACCACAGAAAAUGAAUUGAUUGAAGAAGUGAUUGAACAUGCUCUUGAGGAAGCUAUUAGAAACGAUGAAGUCAUGUCACCUGUCUUGAGUCCAUUAUUAACUCCAUUGGCUCGUGCCCAACAUCAUUUACAACUGCCACUGCCUCGUUCUUCUCCAAUUGGUGUGUCUUUAUUUUCCCCAAAGAUCAAAUCAAAACAUCCAUUAAGGGUAUCACAUUUCAAUCUCAAUGAAAACGAUGAAACUGAACCUACAUUCAAUUCCAAUCAUGAACCAUUGUACAACAUUACUGGAUCUCCACCAAAUAUUGAAGUUAUUCAAGGAAAGAACCACCAAUAUCAUAUUAAAUUUAAUGUAGAUUCAUAA